AUGAGAAUCAUCAUUAAAAAUUUAAGAAAACAUUUAGUUACGUCUGCUGAAUCACUCCAAUUUGAAACUCAUUCUACACUGAUAAAUCACUACUACCUCAUCAGUGUUUCGCAAAUCUCUCUUCAUCACAAUCACGAUCCAACAGGAAGUUUUCUACAUUUGGAAUCACUUCUUAAGAACCUGACGAAAUACGAAGGCACGAAAGCUGAAUUCGAAUGCGAGGUAGUUGGUCUGCCAGUGCCCACGUUUACCUGGUACAAAAACGAAAGGGUCUUGGUCGGCUCAAAUCUCCAUCAGAAAUAUGAAUUCAAAACUUCUCCGACCGGAAAUAUUUUGAAGGUUAAGAAAUUGCAGUUGGAAGAUGAAGGCCAGUACAAGUGCGUGGCUUCAAAUCCCCUCGGCACCAACACUACACACGCAUACCUUACCAUCAAACCAGCUAAAAACUCACCGACGAAAAAGAAAUCCCCAAACUCAAAUAACGACCUAAUUAACGACCAUUACGAAGAUGAUGACGAAGACGAUGACAAAGAGGAGGAUGAUGAUUACGAUAACGACGACGAUGAUGAUGAUGACGUCAUUUUGAAGCAGUCAAGAGGAAGAAAAUCUGGUAAUAUGGCAGGCAAGAAACAGAAAAACAAUAAUAUGGACGGUAACGAAUCCGGAUCAUGUGAAUCCUACCGAGGCUCCGUGUGUUCCAAGUUCAUCGACCAGUCCCUCAUAUUCGUCUACGACAUUCACCAUCAGAAUAUGCUAGAGGAGUGGAUGACAGACAUUAAGAAAAAGAGUCAGAGCCGAGGUCUGUGCAGAGAGGAUUGCGAAUCCCUGAAGACCAUGCACUGCGCCAGUGAGUACAAGCUCGUCAAGGAUGGCAUCAACUCUGUCAACCUGUUCGACUACAACCGGUUCGAAAACUUGCGGAAAAUUCUCGACUCCGCCAACUGCAGCACGUUGAGGAGUUACGCCCAGCAGACAUCCGCUGACUGCUACAACGUCAACGUCAUGAUGACGUCAUAUUUAACGGGCGACAAGUGUUUCAGUGAUAGAGGACAAACAUACCGAGGAGUGAUAUCAAGCAGUUCGUCAGGAAGGCCAUGUCUCAAGUGGUCCAGUGUUGGAAAGUUCUACGAGCAAACUGGCGUCGGCACGAUGCCCUCAUUGAUGACGCACAACUACUGUAGAAAUAAUGACCAAUCAAUGUCAAGUCCCUGGUGUUUUGUAGAUCACGAAGGUCUGCACAGGAUCGAAACAUGCUCUGUACUUAGGUGCGCUACAAACACGGAAAUACGAGAUGGGAGCAGUGAAAACGAAAACCAGCAGAGAGGCAUAUUAAUUGGAAUAUCUUGUGCUUUCCUGCUCAUCGUCAUCGUGCUUGUCAUCAUAUGCGCUAAAGUAAGAAAGCGAAAGUCGGAACAGAAGAAGAAGAAAUCAUCGGAUGAAUCUGAGGUUCUGCAACAGAAGUCCAACUCAAGCAUGCACAUGAAGCAACUGUCCGAUCGUCAGUCUAUGCAAACAUCAUCAACUACAAGCAGUGCACCAAACAGCAUACAUCCAUCAAACAUUUCUCUAAACUAUGAACUCUGUGAUGGAAUGUACGGGAAGAUUUAUAAAGGAGAUUUAUUGUCAGGUGGUACGGCAGUUACUGCCGUGUUCAAAACUUUAGAUCCUUCUACCGACCCACUGAUUGCGCCUGAAUUCUGGAUCAAGAUUGAUAUGAUGACUGAAUUUCAUCACCCGAAUAUAACUUGCGUCUUAGGUCUUAACAGAACUUCUCUGCCUUUCUUUGUUGCAUUUGAAGCCAGCGCUUACGGUGAUUUGAACGAGUAUUUAAAAUCAAAUUCCAGAGUUUUAGAAACAAAUGCCGUUGCCGAGCAGAAAUGUUUGUCGAGAGUUUCAAUACUUCCGCACACGGUUUUAAUAAGUGUAGCCGUCCAAGUUGCAGGAGCUUUGGAGUUUCUACACUCCAAAAAGUUUAUCCACUCGGAACUGAAUUCGCACAAUGUAUUUGUCUGCGAGAAUGGUUUGGUUAAAAUAUCUUUGGCCACUCCAGGAAGAGGCUUGCAUUAUUACAAAUUAAUCGCUUCUGCUAAGCCGAUUUUGCUGAGGUGGUCUGCUCCGGAGGUCAUAACAUCUCAAAUUUUCAGCGAAUAUAGUGACGUAUGGAUGUUCGGUGUUUUGCUUUGGGAGAUCUACAGCACAGGCGAGAUACCGUAUCGAAAUUUUUCAGACAUGGAAGUUAUGGAAAUGAUAAAAUCUUAUAGAAUUCUCACAAACCCUCCGCAAUGCCUGGCAAACAUUUACUCUCUGAUGGUGCAGUGCUGGCAUAAAAAUGCUCCCAGCAGACCAUCAGCUUCGGAGAUUCACGAGGAACUAAGACAGGUCUGGGCAGAACAAAACAAAUCACCAUCCGUCAACAACUCCUCCGGUUCCGAUAGAAGCCACAACAUUAACAACAACAAUAACAACAGUAAUAACAACAGUUGUAACGCAACACUUUAUGCAUUCGGAUGCCCUGUCAUGGCACAACCAUUCAUCACCGCGGUCCCACCCAACAAUUUCAAUCUCUCAAAUAAUUCUUACAAUCUGCUCAUAAAUCCAUCAAACAGUAGCCAACAGACAAUUUCAAACAAAAAACUUCCCUCAAGCUCUUCAUCGGCCAGUCAAAAAUCAUCUCCAUCCUCGUCGACAUGCAACUUCAAAACAAAGAACGUUAACCUGAUGGGAGGCAACUAUGGGCAGGUCGUGCUGGAGAGCGGCAUGAACAUCGGAGAUUGCAAGAACCAGUAUCUCAUGGGCGAAAUGUACAGCGAACAAAUCGUUUGACCGUUGUUUUAUUUACAUGAAAUUGUUGAGUUUGUUUUUAAGUUUUGAACUGGCAUAUAUCUUUUAUAUGAAGUUUUCAAUGAACAUGUUUUAUACUUGCUUUUGUUUGAUCUAUAAGAAAUUUAUUUUUAGUGUCUUUAAGCUUUUUAGAAAA